AUGUUGUGUUCAUCCAGCAGGUGGCGCCCUAAGAGAGCGUCAGACCGCCUGCUGUCUCCACCACAGAAGAAGAACGGCCACCUCACAGGCUCCUCGUCAGAGAGCGUCUCCGUGGAGGCUCCAGACUCCCUGGCUGAGCUGAGAGGUGACGGGCAUGCUGGGAGUUGGAGUUCUGUGAGGCUGAGAGAGGAGGAGGGGGAUGCCUUUCAGAGAGACACAGGAAGCUCCCCUGAACCGUCCAAUCAGCAGCAGAAGAAGAGCUCCUCCCCCUUCUCAGGAGACAACUUCCUGUCUCUGCCCAGAGCCACGCCCCCUUUGAUGUCAUCGAGAACUACUGUGAUGUCAUCGAGAGCUAAUCUGAUGUCAUCCAGAACUACUGUGAUGUCAUCGAGGCCGACGUCCAACAGGAGACCGAAGCCAGAACCGAUCGUGCUGUCCAGUGAGGAAGAGGAGGAGGAGGAGGAGGAGGAAGAGGAGGAAGCAGUUCAGAGGAAACAGUCACAGAAACAGGCUCUCAGAGCAGCGUUGGAGUUUGGAGCGUCUCCUCCGUCCUUCAUGCAGCUGCGCUUCUCCUCGCUGCACGCUGGCCUCAUGAACGCUGGCGCUAACGGGGAGCUGAUGAUCACGGAGCACGGGAUCAGCAUUCCUCUGAAAGGUAAACACACUUUCAUUUCAUGAAACACAGAAAUAAUCAAGGAGAAUAUCUUAUAAUAUUACUAGAUUUUUAAUUAUGACUUUUUCUACAAUAUUUUUACAAUGUGUUCCCUGGAGUGUGUUCUGGUGCUCCAGGAGCAAGCAGGUAACCAGGUGUGUGUGUUCUGGUGCUCCAGGAGUAAGCAGGUAACCAGGUGUGUGUGUUCUGGUGCUCCAGGAAUAAGCAGGUAACCAGGUGUGUGUGUUCUGGUGCUCCAGGAGUAAGCAGGUAACCAGGUGUGUGUGUUCUGGUGCUCCAGGAGUAAGCAGGUAACCAGGUGUGUGUGUUCUGGUGCUUCAGGAAUAAGCAGGUAACCAGGUGUGUGUUCUGGUGCUCCAGGAGUAACCAGGUAACCAGGUGUGUGUGUUCUGGUGCUCCAGGAAUAAGCAGGUAACCAGGUGUGUGUGUUCUGGUGCUCCAGGAGUAAGCAGGUAACCAGGUGUGUGUGUUCUGGUGCUCCAGGAGUAAGCAGGUAACCAGGUGUGUGUGUUCUGGUGCUCCAGGAGUAAGCAGGUAACCAGGUGUGUGUGUUCUGGUGCUCCAGGAAUAAGCAGGUAACCAGGUGUGUGUGUUCUGGUGCUCCAGGAGCAAGCAGGUAACCAGGUGUGUGUUCUGGUGCUCCAGGAGCAAGCAGGUAACCAGGUGUGUGUGUUCUGGUGCUCCAGGAGCAAGCAGGUAACCAGGUGUGUGUGUUCUGGUGC